UCAUCUACUUCUCUCUAACAAACCUCCUCAUUUGCAAAACCUCAAAAUCUCUCACAAUAUAUUCUCUCAUUUUCUUCUUCAACAACAACAACAACCACUUCAAACUUGAAAACCCAUCACUCAUUUCCUUUGAGAUACCUACUUUGAUCAACAUGGAGAACUUGUUUCGCUUAGUGGAUCAUGAGGAUUUCUUUGCUUGCCGUUGCAUCAUGGUCAACGGACCAGUCAUAGUUGGAGCUGGUCCGUCUGGCUUGGCAACGGCAGCUUGCCUCAGGGACCAAGGAGUCCCAUUCGAAGUCCUUGAAAGAGCCGAGUGCAUAGCCUCACUGUGGCAAAAACGCACCUAUGACAGGCUCAAGCUUCAUCUUCCCAAGGCAUUUUGCCAACUCCCUAAACUUCCAUUCCCUGAGGAUUUCCCUGAGUAUCCAACAAAGAGACAAUUCAUCGACUACCUUGAAUCAUACGCCAAACACUUUGAAAUCAACCCAAAAUUCAACUCCUCCGUCCAAUCAGCCCGCUACGACGAGACCAGCGGUUUCUGGAGGGUCAAGACUGUUGCAACAACCGGGUCAACCCGAUCAGAGGUCGAGUACAUCUGCAGGUGGCUCAUAGUUGCCACCGGCGAAAAUGCCGAGUGUGUGGUGCCUGACAUCGACGGACUCAGCGAGUUUGGCGGCGAAGUUGUCCACGCUUGUGAGUACAAGUCCGGCGAGAAGUACAAGGGACAGAAAGUACUUGUCGUCGGUUGUGGAAAUUCCGGCAUGGAACUCUCUCUUGACCUCUGCAACCACAAUGCCUCGCCUUCCAUGGUCGUUAGAAGCUCGGUUCAUGUCUUGCCAAGAGAAAUCUAUGGAAAAUCGACAUUCGAGUUGGCGGUCUUUUUGCUAAAAUGGCUACCAGUCUGGUUAGCUGACAAGCUCCUCCUACUUUUCUCAUGGUUGAUACUCGGAAGCAUCGAGAAAUACGGGCUCAACAGGCCUUCCGUAGGCCCAAUGGAGCUAAAGAACACACAAGGAAAGACCCCUGUUCUUGACAUUGGAGCACUAGACAAAAUCAAGUCCGGUGGUAUCAAAGUCGUUCCCGGAAUCAAGAGAUUCUCAUACGGCCGCGUUGAGCUUGUCGACGGCGAAGUUCUUGACAUUGAUUCAGUUGUUCUAGCUACAGGAUACCGCAGCAAUGUUCCUUCUUGGCUACAGGAAGGUGAAUUUUUCUCCAAGAGCGGAUUCCCAAAGCAGCCAUUCCCACAGGGCUGGAAAGGAAAUGCCGGACUCUAUGCAGUCGGGUUCACAAGGAGAGGGCUCUCUGGUGCUUCAUGUGACGCCAUGAGAAUAGCACAAGAUAUUGGAAACGUCUGGAAAUGCGAAACGAAACAGAACAAGAAGAGAACCACCGCUGGCCAUAGACGAUGCAUUUCCCAGACGUUCUAAACAGUUCAGAUUAACCAUUCAUUGACUGACUCAGUGCUUAGUUAACCUCAAAUUCAUGGUGUGAAGAAAGUUUAAAAGGAAAAAAAAAAACAAAAAAAACAAAAAAAUUACUGUAUAUCAUAUACAAAGAAAAGAAACAGACAGAUUAGUACAGGGACAGAGCCAGCCCUCUCCAAAGGCCCAAGUUUUGAACAAUGUUUGGGCAUUCUGUAAACUGAGGAUGAUGAGGCUUUUUCUUCUUCUUUCUUUUUUCAGUUCCAUACAGUUCUUUUGUACUAUAAUCCAAUGAUCGAUUUCAAUCGCAAAGUUACUUGUUUGU